AUGGUGGGGGCUAUGGCUGCAAUUUCCUGGAAAGUUGAAGAAUCAUGCUUUCAAGUGUUUUUGCUGAGAAAGUUUGUGGAGAAAGUUGUUUUCUUGGACUCAAAAUGUGAAGGGUGGACUGGUAGAGGACAUGCCAUUUCCAAAGUCCACCACUUGUUGCAGCAAGUUCUGAUCUCCUUCCUCAUGAUCUGCUUCUUUGGCUUUUGA